AUGCUAGAAGGCACCUACACUGGGUUGGUGGCUACAGCAGCCCUCCUCUGCCUGCUACAUGCAGGGACCACAGCAAGCAUUGAAGGUGACAGUUCAUCAGUUACCAGGACAGAUGCAGGGACCUGCACUGUCCACAGCAACCCCCACUACAGCACAUUUGACGGGGCCAACUUCCUCUUCGUGGGCCCCUGUACCUACGUCCUGACCUGGGUGUGCUCGCCCUCUGCGCCCUCUGAGACCCCCCUGUCCCACUUCAGUGUGGAGGUGAAGAAUGAGCUGAGAGGAAACUCCUCUGUGUCUGCUGUUCAGCAGGUCAAGGUGGAAGUGGAGAACCUCAGGGUCUCCCUGCACAAGAGACAAAACCACCGGGUCAUGGUCAACGGCAUUUGGAGGAAACUCCCUCUGAGUCUCAAUGGUGGCACUGUUAACAUCCGAGGCAACGCCGCUUCCGUCGUCGUGGAGACAAACUUCAACCUUUUUGUAUCCUACGACGAUGCCGGUGCUGUCCACAUCACCGUUCCCGUAUCGUACUCCGGUAAAGUCUGCGGCAUGUGCGGGAACUUCAACCACCUGAGAGACGAUGAUUACCGCACGCCUGGCAGUUCCGAGGCCGCAGACUCUACCACAUUCGGCCAGAGCAGGCAGAGCGAGGCCUGUGACUUGACCGUCGUCCCCCAAGAGUGUCCACCAACUGAGGAGGCGGAGUAUGCCAGCGAGCCAUACUGUGGGUCCCUGGUCUCCAGGCAUGGGCCUUUUUCUGGCUGCCAGUCUGUCUUGGGAGCAGAGAGCUACUUCCGGAGCUGUGUGGCGGGGAUGUGUGGAGCGGGUGGUGACCCAGAGGUGCUGUGUGAAGCCCUGCAGUCCUACUCUGAUAUGUGCCUCAAGGCCGGGGUGCUCGUACCAGCCUGGAGGAACUCGACUAUGUGUCCCCUGGAGUGUGGUGUGAACAGCCACUACAAUGCCUGUGCUAAGGGCUGCCCUGAGGUCUGCGCCAGCAUGGAUACCCAAGGGGCGUGUGGGAGCUGUGAGGAGAGGUGUGAGUGUGACCCAGGCUUCAAGCUCAGCGGGGGAAGUUGUGUCCCUGCAGAGGACUGCGGCUGCUGGAUAAAGGGAGAACACUAUGAAAGAGGAGUGACAUUCAUGGAAGGCGAGUGUGAUCGUGUGUGCCAGUGUAUGGGUGGGGACAGACUCCAGUGUGCUGCUUCCUCCUGCAUGGCCGACGAGGUGUGCAAGGUCAAAGAGGGGGUCAAAGGUUGCUUUCCCUCCAGCCCGGCCACCUGCCACGUCUAUGGAGACCCCCACUAUAUCACCUUCGACGGCAAGGCAUACACCUUCCAGGGGGGCUGCAGCUACACCCUGGCCAAGACAUGCGGCACACACACACCCGUCCAGUUCUCAGUGACAGGCCAGAACUGGAACCCCAAGAACGAGAGCAGUGCCAAGCUGGGCGCAGUGGUUCUGGAGACAAGGGGUCUGCAUGUGAAGAUGGAAAACUACAGUGCCACUGUGAACCAUGUUUGGCAGCAUCUUCCUGUUACAGUAAACGGCACAUACGGCAUGGUGAAGCUGUACAAGAAGAAGCAGUACACUGUCAUGGAGACGACCUUUGGCCUCCGGAUCCUGCUGGACGACCAGAGCAGGCUUUUCCUGCAGCUGGACGAGCGCUACAAGGGUGAGAUGUGCGGCCUGUGUGGUACCUACUCCGACGACCAGGGGGAUGACUUCCUGACCCCUAACAGCACCAAACCCGAGACCAACGUGGUCACAUUCGCCAACAGCUGGAGAGUGAAUAGUCCGGAGGACGAUCGCUGUGUUGCCUCCCCCCCUGCCCCCCAAUCAUGUGACUCCCAUUUGGAUGAUCAGGGCUACCGGGAGUGUUCCAAGCUGCUGCGCGAAGCCUUCAAGCCCUGCCACCCCUUCGUCCACCCCACACCCUACAUCGACAGCUGUGUGUCUGACCACUGUGCCUCCGGCGGGAACAUGCAUGUGACAUGUGACUCCCUGAGGUCCUAUGUGACCACCUGCCAAGUGGCCAAUGUGAUCCUUCCGCCCUGGUGGAACGACACCGCCUGUGAUAGUCUACCUGACCCUCCCACAAUACCACCAGUUACUACACCUGACAAGGAACUUUGUCCUCUAGACUGCAACUUUGACAACAGCGAGUGUUGGUGGGAGCAAAUUGUUCAGGACAGUUUUGAUUGGAGGAGACAGAGAGGCCCAACACCCUCUGACCUCACAGGGCCAACCCAGGACCAUACCACAGGAGGUGGCUCCUACAUGUACAUCGAGGGUGACGGUGUGUCCCACGGAGACUCUGCCCGUAUGAUGAGCCCUAAGUGCCAAAACGGGCCGGGCCAAUACUGCCUGCGCUUCUGGUACCACAUGUAUGGACAAGCCACGGCCAUGGCUCUCAAUGUCUACCAGCUUGACCAGCACAACAGAAACAAAAAACUGUGGUCCAAAGCCAACAACCAGGGCUCCACAUGGUAUCCGGCAGAAGUGGAUAUUAUUAUUGAUGGGUCAUUCCAGAUCAUCAUGGAGGGAAUCCGAGGCUCUGACCCUCGGUCUGACGUGGCAUUUGAUGACGUCUCCAUCCACUAUGAAUCAUGCUCAGGUUCUUCGAUUGGUGGUAUUAGUGGAACUUCAGGUCCGUCCUCAGUUGAUGGAGGAGUUGCCCCACACCCAGUCUGCAACUUCGAUUGCGCUUUCGAGCAGGACCUCUGCGGUUUUACCCAGCUAAUGACUGACGUUUUUGAUUGGACAAGGCACAGUGGCUCCACUCCCACUGCCAUGACUGGGCCAUCAGCUGACCACACAAAAGGAAGUCCAUUUGGUCACUACUUGUACAUCGAGGCCAACAGUGUGUCUAACGGAGACACGGCUCGCCUCCUCAGCUCUGAGUGUUCUGACCCCGGUCCUCAGUGUCUGCAGUUCUGGUACCACAUGUCUGGCUCGGCCGAGACCAUGGGUCUGCACGUCUACCUGCUCCAGGACCGCUACGCGGACGGGGUGUGGGGAAAGAGGAACAACCAGGGAGACUCAUGGCAACAGGCUCAGGUGGAUCUGAUGACCACUGGACCUUUCCAGAUCAUCUUCGAGGGCCACAGAGGCACCACUGAUCAGUCCGACGUGACUAUAGAUGAUGUAUCUCUGCAUCGUGGACGCUGUGCAGACUUGAUUAAGCAACCAACAACAACAGAGAAACCUGUACGCCCUCCAGUGGACAACUCCACCAAUGCACCACCACCAGCUCCAACUACUGCAAGACCUGAACCACCCACAACAGCUAGGCCAGAAUCACCAACAACUGCAAGACCAGAAACACUAAGACCAACAACUGCUAGACCAGAAACACCAAGACCAACAACUGAAAGACCACAACCACCUAGACCGACAAAUGAAAGACCACGACCACCUAGACCAACAACUGAAAGACCACAACCACCUAGACCAACAACUGAAAGACCACGACCACCUAGACCGACAACUGAAAGACCACGACCCCCAACAACAGCAAGACCAACGCCAUCUUGCCCAAAGAACAGCCAUUACAUCCCCUGCAUCUCCGCCUGCCAGCCCACCUGUAAGCACCUCCAUGGCCCGCCCGACUGCCGCGCUGACGAGCCCUGCGUACAGGGUUGUGUAUGUGAAGACGGCUUUGUGCUCAGACAGAGGGUGUGUGUGCCCAUCCAGCAGUGUGGCUGUGUGGGCAGCAAUGGCAACAGCCAUCAUUUUAAAGAGAACUGGUACACCGAGCACUGCCAUCAAAAGUGUGAGUGUGAUGAAGGCGAUGGUCUGGGGGAGAUUGACUGCGACGAUGAAGAUGGGUGUGAUGGGGAUGCCGUCUGUCUUCAGAAUGAAGCUGGACAGUAUUUCUGCAAGUCAACAGACUUCAGCGAGUGCACUAUCAAUGGAGACUCAGAGUACAGAACAUUUGACAACAUGAAGCACGACUUUGAGGGCAGAAACUCCUACAUUCUGGUCCAGACCACAGGCCUGUCCAAGAACCAGCCAGAUGUCUACAUCGAGGCCAUCAUUGAGAUCGUCAACCAGGAUGGUGUUGACAGUCAUGGUGACAGUAGCCAUGGUGACAGUAGUCAUGGUGAUAGCAGUGAUGAGGAUGACAAGCAUAAAGACAGCAAGGAAAAGGACAGCAAUGACAACAGCCAUGACGACAGCAAAGAGAAUGACAACCGUCUGCGACUCAGAGGGCUGAAGAUCAGAGUCUAUAACCACACAGUGGAGUUCAGAAACAACAGGAAACUUGUUGUGGAUGGUAGGAGCACUCGUGCCCCUGUCUCACCAGCAGGGGGUCUGAGGAUUCUGGAGCGCUCCUCACGUAUCUACCUGAAGACAGACUUCGGCCUCUCUGUGGAGUUUGAUGGAGACAGCAGAGCAGAGAUCAUCCUGCCCCACACCUACAAGAUGAGGGUGGGCGGCCUGUGUGGCAACUUUGACGGCAAGAAGAAAAACGACAUGAUGAAGCCCGACAGUAACCAGGCCAAGAGCAUGAAGGAGUUCGGAGAGAGCUAG